GAUGCUAUAAGUAAGUCAAAAACAAAACUUUUUUUUAGCAAAUUGGAGUCAAAAAUCGAGGAAUAUUACCACAAAAACGAAAUUCAAGGCUCGGUACACACACAGUGUAACUUAUGGGCAGUGGGAUUGUGGUGCAAUUGGCUCGAAAGUACGGCGCAGUGAUAUUCUUUCCCACUGUUGCAGUCGGAUCGAUUUACGCAGAUUGGUCGCAUACCCGCGAGUGGAAACGCCAACAACUCCAGUUGGCACAGAGCGCCCAGUUGAGGAAUCAGCGAUAGAGGCUACAUAG